GCUCGUACGCGAAACAUUUGGGGUGGCAGUUUUUAACUGCAAUUCAGUCCAAAAUCCAUUAAAUUAGCCUCUUUCAACGCAACGCUCCAUUGCAAUGUGCUUUGGUAAUGCUCUGCAUCGUUAUUUAGUGUUAAUACGACUUCGCACGCAUCGCAAGUGAUCGUUACAAUCAGACUGGCCAGCAGCAAGAAGCAGCAUUGAUUAGCCACAACAGGGAAUAAAAAAAAAAACGCGACAACGUUCCACAUUAUCGGUUUGCAAAACUUUCUCUCGAGUCCGGUGGUAGCUUAAUGUAAACGUUGCAUCGGUCGUUCGUUGGAAGCAGUCGUCAUGGUCAAGCCAUAGCUGCAUUUGUGUACCACCGAUGUACAGAAUUGCCACAUAAUUGGUAUCUGCAGGACUAUCCACGUCCUGUGCAACGGAAAACCCGGAAAUCGACGCAUGUAGAUAUAGGUGAAAGGUUCAUCGUGUGACCUCAAAAGUGCAUUAGUUAGUUGUGUAAGAAGAGCCAGAGGAUUGUUUUACCAUCGUGUGGGGAAGAGAAAAACUGCUUCGGAGUUGUCACUAAUUCGGCUUGUUUGGGAUGAGCGUGCGGAAAAUUAAACCUCGCAGGAAGAUUGUGGCCCGGUUGUAGAAAUUCUAGGAUCUGUUUAUUAUCGACCGUAGUGACGAUCAUUGUCCGUAGUGACUGACGGACUCAAUCCAAAAAACCAACCAAAAUGAUGCAAAAGAAUUCAACCUUCGAAGACAAAUGGCCCAGUAUGCGGCCCGUUGUACUGAGCCUACUAAAACAAGAGCGCGUCACACCAUCAGAAUGGCAGGAGCUGUUUUUUGCCGUGCAUCUCGUCUGCCUGUGGGACGAUAAGGGUCCGCUGAAGAUACACGAGAGCCUACAGCAAGAUAUAGUGGCGUACAUCAAGCAGGCGCAAUGCCGCGUUCUGGCACAGCGCGAAGAGCAAGCCCUGCUGAAAGCGUACAUUGUAGAGUGGCGUAAAUUCUUCACGCAAAGCAAUUACCUGCCGUUGCCGUUUGCGAAGCUGGAAAGUUGCCUUCAAAGUAAGGGCAGUGCUUCCUCGGUUUCGUCUUCCGGGGCUGGUGCAUCGUCUUCCUCCUCGUCGUCGGCAACGGCAACCGGGGCUGGUACGAGCCAUAAUUCCGCUGCUUGCGCAUCGGCCAGCACAAGCAGCAGCAGUAGCAGUAGUUCCUCAAAGAAGCCGAACCACGCAGAAGACUCGAUCGUGCGCAAGCUGAUGCUGGACUCGUGGAAUCAGAGCAUUUUCAUGAACAUUAAGCACCGAUUACAGGAGUCCGCCAUGAAGCUGGUACACGCUGAACGCAAUGGUGAAGCGUUCGAUUCGCAACUUGUGAUUGGUGUGCGCGAAAGCUACGUCAAUCUGUGCUCCAACACGGAGGAUAAGCUGGAGAUUUACAGGGAGAACUUUGAGGCGGCCUAUCUACACGCUACCUCCUCGUUCUACCGACUAAAAGCAAGCGAACAGCUUCAAACGAACGGUGUGAAAAGCUUCAUGGAGUAUGCGGAUGCGAAGCUACGCGAGGAGGAAGCCCGAGGCGAACGAUACCUCGAACCGGGCAGCAUAACCGCCCUCGGUCAGUGCUGCGUUACGGUGCUAAUAGGCGACCAUCUCCCUACGCUGCUGGCUGAGUGUGCACCGCUGAUCGAGGCACGAGAAACGCAACGUUUGCAGCUGAUGUUUCGUUUGCUGGAUCGUGUAGCUGGCGGGGUGGAUCCGAUGCUACGCGAUCUGGAAAAUCACAUCGUACAGGCCGGGCUGGCCGAUAUGGUGGCGGCCGCCGACAUCAUUACGCAGGAUUCGGAAAAGUACGUCGAGCGGUUGCUGAAGCUGUUCCGCCGAUUUAGCGAUCUGGUGAAGGAAGCGUUCAAUGACGAUCCGCGGUUCCUGACGGCCCGCGACAAAGCGUUCAAAACGGUCGUGAAUGACAUAACACUGUUUAAGCUGGAGCUGCCCACCUCGAACACGGCAAUGGCCCGUGGGAUAAAGAUAUCGACGCCCGAGUCCAAGUGUCCCGAGCUGCUGGCCAACUACUGUGAUAUGCUGCUGCGGCGAACGCCGUUCAGCAAGCGGCUGACCACCGAAGAGAUAGAAUCUCGUCUCAAGGACGUUUUGCUGGUGCUCAAAUAUGUAAGCAAUAAGGAUGUCUUUAUGCGGUACCAUAAGGCUCACCUAACGCGCAGACUCAUCCUGGAUUCUAGCGCCGAUAGCGAAAAAGAGGAAGAUAUGGUGGAAUGGUUAAGAGAAGUCGGAAUGCCCGCGGACUACGUGAAUAAGUUGGCUCGAAUGUUUCAGGAUAUUAAGGUUAGUGAAGACUUGAAUACUCAGUUCCGUUCGCAAACGACGCGCCAUGAUGCGAUUAACAUUAAGAUCCUUAAUGCCGGUGCCUGGGCUCGGGGUUCCGAGCGUGUUUCGGUCAGUUUGCCGCUCGAACUCGAAGACUACAUUCCGGAGGUGGAGGAAUUUUACAAGAAGAAGCAUUCGGGUCGCAAGCUCCAAUGGUACCAUCAUAUGAGCAACGGUACGAUCACGUUCGCCAACAACACGGGUCGGUUCGAUCUGGACGUGACCACAUUCCAGAUGGCGGUACUGUUCGCGUGGAACCAGCGCCCGAACGAGAAGGUUUCGUACGAAAACUUGCGCCUCGCGACCGAGCUACCCGAUCCGGAGCUGCGACGUACGCUCUGGUCAUUGGUAGCCUUCCCGAAGCUGAAGCGUCAGCUGCUGGUGUACGAGCCGACCAUAAGCAAUCCAAAGGAUUUCAGCGAAAACACCCUGUUCUGGGUGAAUCAGGAGUUUGCAAUCAUCAAGAACGGCAAACCGCAACGUCGUGGUAAGGUCAAUCUGGUGGGCCGAUUGCAGCUCAGCACGGAGCGGUCCCAGCAGGAGGACAAUCAGUCGAUAGUGCAGCUGCGAAUAUUGCGCACGCAGGAGGCAAUUAUCAAGAUUAUGAAAAUGCGCAAACGAUUGAGCAAUGCUGCGCUACAGGCCGAACUGGUUGAUAUACUUAAAAACAUGUUUCUGCCAUCGAAAAAAAUGAUUAAGGAGCAACUUGAGUGGCUAAUAGAGCAUAAAUACAUGCGGAGAGAUGACGACGAUAUAAAUACCUUCAUUUACAUGGCGUAAGCAGGCAGUAGGUGGGAAACAGAAAGGUGCAAACGAUCCCAAGUCCUUCCCAGGAACAUGACUUGCACGGUCGAAAUCAGCCGACUGCAACACGAAUGCUAGUAUGUAAAGACGAAGUGUAAGGUAGCAGCAGAUAUGGCAGCUUUGCCGGUAUAGCAUUUGCAAUUUCAUUUAAAGACGGACUCAGACGUACAGGAUAAUAGCUUCUUCAACAUAUAGACCUGGAACUCAUCGUUGGGUGGAAAACCUUUUACAAGCGAAAACAAUUUGUUGAUUUAUUUCUUAUCAGAUGUACUCACCCAACUGAGCAGGGGUGAGCUAAACGGGCAGACGAAUAUCGUAUUUGGCACUGAACAUUCUACCUGAUGUGCUGAACAAUUAGUAAUAAACAAAUAGCAUCGGGUUGUAAUCUUA